CUCAGUUGCGGUCCGUCUGUUACACUGUACGGACGUGCCUACACCUCGUCCAGUCACGCUUGGGACUUAGAAAUACCCCCCUCUUCAAACACCGUCCUAGACUCAACUCCAAAACAUUACCCUUCCUUAAAGUGAUUAAUAAACAAAAAUUAAACCCACCUCCCUGAAUUUGGACCACAAAAAACCUCCCAAGUCUUGAUAUUUUCCAACGAUAAACCUUCCUCACCCACUCCGUUAAAUUUUAUCAAAUCUAAUUUCGCUUGCGUGACUGGGAGAACUCUUUUAAGUGUGUUUUAAGUGAUAAGUAAAGUAAAAAAAAAAAAGAACGGGAUAUAUUAUUAUGAUAAGUGUUAGUCUGUGGUCGUCGUGUACAGCGUGAAAGGGGUAUAGUGUCUUCAUACAGCACAGCGCCGCCACUAUGUUAAGCAGAUCACGGGCGGCGGCAGUAUGGGCGUGGGUGGUGGUGUGUGUGGGUGUGGUGAUCCUGGGCAUGGAGGUGGCUGAUCCGGCCGUGUUGAAGCUGCUGGAGGAGACGCAGCUGUCGGACUCAGCUCACCGUCAGGAGAGGUCCAUCCAGCAGAUACCCCUGGGUACCUCUGGCUUCCCUCUGCCUGUUGAUAUUGAACCCAUACCUUCAGGUCCUCGCGUCACUAUGCCACACAUCAGCUUCCGGGAUAUGGGGAACUUGGUGCAUCAGGCUACACUGGCGGUCAACGAGAGGUUCGACUCCAUAGAACCUGCCAUCUACAACAGUGGUGCUCGUCAGGUGCCAGGGACGCCAGCGUGGUUCAUGGCAGCGUCACACAAGACUAAGGUUGUGGCCAAGAACAUCUCCAGGAUAGCGCUUAUCUCUGAAGAGGCCACAAAGUACACGGCCCAGCAGUUCCGGCUCGAUAAGGACCAGGUGACCUACGGCCUCCCCACAGCUGACGUCCGAGGCACUGUCUUAGGCGACCAGUGCCCCGUUGAGGUGGACUUCCCAUGCCAACCCCGCAAGUACCGCGCCUUCAAUGGCUACUGUAACAACGUCCAGAAUCCUAAGUGGGGCAACGCCAUCACCAGGUAUCUUCGUUUCCUUCCUGCUAACUACGGUGACGGGGUGUCUGUUCCUCGCCAAGCUUCUUCAGGAGAGUUCUUGCCCUCUGCCCGUAGCGUAAGUCUGGCCAUCCACCGCCACCACGACACACCCCACAAGUUCAUGACUGCCAUAGCUGCUGUAUUUGGCCAGUUCCUCUCUCAUGAUCUGACUCAUACCCCUCAAAUGGCAGGUUAUAUCGGCCAGAGACUACGGUGCUGCGGCGUCAACUUCAGCGACUUCCAUCCUGAGUGUUACCCAAUACGGAUCCCCGAUGAUGACCCGGUGUAUGGCCCCCUCCGUCAGAAGUGCCAGGAGUACGUGAGGUCCGGCACUGCCCCAAGAACCGGCUGUACCUUGGGUCCUCGUGAGCAGAUCAAUCAGGUCACGUCAUUCAUCGAUGGUUCGGUGCUGUACGGGUCGAGUAAGGAAGAGAGCGAUGACCUGAGGGCCUUCACAGAUGGCCUCCUGAAGGUACAGAGAGGACCUGGCAGUACACAGAUCCUGAUUGACGAUGAGAACCAGAUCGACUGCAAGUCUUCCUCCACCAGGAACAAAUGCUUCAAGUCAGGAGACGUGCGAGUGAAUGAGCACAUAGGUCUAGCCUCCCUGCACCAGCUCUUCGUCAGGGAACACAACCGGAUCGCCUCUGCGCUCUCAGACCUCAAUGCCCACUGGACAGACGAACAAGUAUUCCAGGAAGCAAGACGGAUUGUGGGCGCCAAGCUUCAACACAUCACAUACAAAGAGUUCCUGCCCUCUAUCCUCGGACAGGGUAUCUUAGAGAAGUACGGGUUGUCUCUCCAGACGUCCGGGUUCUUCUCAGGCUAUGACAUUAACAUCAACGCCGGGGUGGCCAACUCAGUGUCAGGUGUGGCGCUCAAGUUUGUUGCCUCCUUGAUGCCUGACAGUGUCGCUUAUUAUGAUGAUGGCCGCAAAAUCAAGGAACGACCCAUCACUGAGACGUUCUAUGCGCCGUUUGAUCUGUACGAGCGUGGCAGUUUCGACCAGGUGGUGGAGGGGCUGGUGAGUGCUCAUGCUCAGAAUGAAGACCCUGCCAUCUCAGACGCUAUGACCAACAAGAUGUUUGAAGACUCCAAAACUGGUGUGGGGCUAGACCUGGCAGCACAGAUCAUCCAACAAGGUCGUGACCACGGUAUCGACGGCUACAACAAGUGGAGGCAUUUCUGUGGACUACCCAAGGCCGCACGCUUCGAGGACCUUAGUGACGUCAUGUCCCAGAACAACAUUAACAAGCUGAAGUCCAUCUACAAGGAGGUGGAUGAUAUGGACCUGUUCACUGGAGGCCUGGCCGAAAAACCCAACCGAGGAGCUCUAGUUGGACCCACCUUCGGCUGUCUCAUAGGACGCCAGUUUCACUACCUGAGGCGAGGUGACAGAUACUGGUACGAGAACGACCUCCCACCUUCCUCAUUCACUAAAGAACAGCUGUAUGAGCUCCGUAAGGUCAGCCUCGCCAGGAUCAUCUGUGACAACACUGACAACCUCCAAUAUAUCCAGCCCAAGGUCAUGCUCGAGGCCGACUCCUUCCUGAAUGCCCAGAUGUCGUGUCAGGGGAAGAACAUCAAAUCGGUGGACCUGAAGAAGUGGAAGACUGCCAGCCCUAACUUCGUGAUCCCAGACAAGAUGCUGCAGGAGAGUAUCGAGAGAGCCAAGAGGGACAUCAUCAGCAUGAGGGACUCAGAGUGGAACUUGUGGGAAGCCCCGGGAGGAAGAGGUGGUCAGCGACGGGCGCCACGAGACGUCUACACCAGACCAGUCCAGCGACACAUGACCUCUCAACUGAUGCACGCCUUAGUUGACCGCAGAGAUCUGAGCCUCAAUGCCCGUGUGGUGCGGGAGGCGGAGGAGCUACUGCACGACUGCUUUGUGGUGGGUAUGCGGGCAUGGCGCUACAUGAGGGACCACGAGCAGAGUCUGUACCAGAGGGAGCUGACAGCUGACCCUAAGGGACCUGUGGGAUCUGCCUACGCCUUCGGCAAACCCAAAGCCCAGGCCAUCAAGAUCUCCAACUCGUCCUUUAUCCUUCAGUUCGCCUCCGCUCGUUUCGUCAACAACUUCUUUGCAGGGGAGUCCUAUAAUCGAAAGACACGUGAUGCUGACAGACAACUCAAGGACUUCGAGUCAGGCUCGCCCAACAACGUGGUGGACCUGAUGGAGGUGUUGCCCAACAUCGACGUGAGCGACAUCAUGGACAUCCCCAACGUGUUCCAGUGUGAUGACCAGACCCUCCCCUGCGACCACACCUCCAAGUUUCGCACUGCUACUGGCUGGUGCAACAACCUGAACUUCCCUUCCUUCGGCAAGUCCUUCAGGGCCAACACCCGCCUCCUCAGACCUGCCUACGAUGAUGGGUUGUCUAAGCCCCGCAGUAUGUCGGUCAACAAACAGACGCUGCCGUCUCCCCGCCUCAUCUCCACCAACAUGCACAACGAUGUGUCUGCCCCUCAUGUCCGCUACACGCUCAUGGUGAUGCAGUGGGGCCAAUUUAUUGACCACGAUAUUAUCUUCACCCCUGUCAACAAAGGUUUCCAAGACUCCAUCCUUGACUGUCGGCGCUGUGACUCCGAUCGUACAGUCCAUCCUGAGUGCUUCCCCAUCCCUAUCCCCCCCAACGACCCCUUCUUCCCGCCCGUCAACAUCUCUUCAGGCCAGCCCUUCUGUAUCCCUCUCACCCGCUCCAUGCCCGGCCAACUCACUCUAGGUUACCGGGAACAAAUGAACCAGGUGACAGCCUUCAUUGAUGCUUCCCACACCUACGGCUCUGACAAGUGUGAACAGCGACAACUACGAUCCCUCAAGGAUGGACUGCUGAAGGGAACCCCCAAUCCACUGAAAGGAAAGUCGCUCCUCCCCACCGAUACAGAAAAUCAUGAGUGUCAGGCUCCCUCAGGUCGAUGCUUCACCGGAGGAGACACAAGAGUAUCAGAACAGCCUGGCCUGGCAGCUCUCCACACCCUCCUGAUGCGAGAACACAACCGGGUGGUCAGGGAGCUGAAGCAAUUCAACCGUCACUGGUCAGACGAACAACUCUUCCAGAAUGGCCGUAGGAUCGUGACAGCCAUCAACCAACACGUCACCUACAACGAGUGGCUGCCCAGAGUCCUCGGCUGGAAUGCCGUAAACCUAUACGAACUGAAUCUCCUGCCAGAGGGAUACUUUGAAGGUUACGACGCCUACUGUAACCCCACCGUCCUCAACGAGGUUGGGAUCGCCUUCAGAUUUGGCCACUCUCUGCUGAAGCCGUCACUGGAGAGGAUGGACAGCAUCUUCGCCAAGAGGGAUCCACCCGUCAAGCUUAGUGAGCACUUCUUCAACCCAGACUUGCUCUACCAGCCCGGCAUGAUAGACGAGAUCAUCCGUGGCCUCACCACCGUAUCUAUGGAGACCCUUGACCAGUUCCUGACAGAUGAAGUCACCAACCAUCUCUUUGAGGACAAGAAGAAGCCUUUCUCUGGACUUGAUCUCGCGGCACUCAACAUUCAGAGAUCAAGAGACCAUGGUAUCCAGCCCUACAAUGAGUACCGCGCUCUCUGUAACCUUACUAAAGCCAGGAACUUCAAUGACUUGCACAGAGAAAUCGCCGCCCCUGUGAUCGAACGCAUGAAGCGCACCUACGACCACGUGGACGACAUUGACCUGUUCAGUGGAGGACUGGUGGAAACGCCCUUACAUGGUGGCCUGGUAGGUCCCACCUUCGGCUGUAUCCUCGGCAUCCAGUUCCGUAACCUGAGGAUGUGUGAUCGCUUCUGGUAUGAGAAUGUUGAUCCACUCAUGCGCUUCACUGACCCGCAGUUGACAGAGAUCCGCAAAGUUACGUUGGCGAAGCUCCUCUGUGAUAACUGUGACAGUGUGGAGUCUGAACAGCGCUCAGCCUUCGACCUUCCCGAUCCCUUCCUGAACCCCCGUGUGGCGUGUCGGGACCUGCCUGGGGUCAACCUGGAGCUGUGGAAGGAGCGAGUGUCAUGUGGUGUAGGCCAAACCAACAUUGACAUAGGGGCAGCUGAGAGAAUUUCCCCCUGCGUUAUGUGUACCUGCACUAAGGAAGGACCGGUGUGUCAGAGCCUGAAGAUCGACAACUGCUUCCACCUUGCUCAGUCCUACAGCCCUGAAGCAAUCCUCAACGACCAUGUGUGUAAAGUACAAUGUGCCUUCGCUUUUCGCGCCUUCCCCCAGGUGGCAGCACAGGACUCCAACCAACUGGGCUUCUCUAAUAGAUAAAUGCUCAAUUCUCUAUAUGACUAAUCUGAGAAAUAAACCACAUCAAGUAAUACUGCAGAAUGAUACUUUUAAACUCUUUGAGGAAUCAUAUCAGCUGGAAAAUAAUACUCUCAAAUACUUAUGAAUCAUGUCAACCACUAUGUCAGUAUUUUGAAACUAUUAUAUAUCACUGUCGAAUACUCAGAAAACCCCAUCAGCUACUCAGAUAUAUAUUUUGAAUGCUUUUAAUUAAACCACCUCAACUACUUACUGUACUACUGCAAAACGUUACUACUAUUGAAUGACUGUGAAACCACGUCAACCUCUACUCAAAUAUAUUUUCAAAUGCUCAGAAAAUCACAUCAAUUGUACUAAAAAAUAUUCUCGAAUUCUCGGACACGUGAAAAAAAAACACUCAAAAAUACCAUGUCAUGAAUAAUUAGUUUUAAAAAUACUCAAGGAAAUGCCAUGACAGAUUAGUUAAAAAAUACAGAACUGCACUAGAAAAAAUGCUAUUAAUAUAAAAUACUCAUAUUUAUCGUGAAUAUAUAGUUUUGUAUAUUUGAAAAUACCAUGAACAGUUUAGAAUUGUAAAUGUUAUGGAGUAGUCUAAUACUAAUAAUGGUAAUUGUGUAUGUAUGUCAUGGUAUCAGUGUUAUGGAAUAGUCUAAUAGACAUGGUUGUGUACGUGGUCAUGGUAUAACUAUUUCCUGAUGAAAAAAAACCCGUAGUAAUUGUUUUUGUCAUUCAUUCACAUCAUCUCCAAAAAGACUCCAAUUCAAUAGUUUCUCCAAUGGGUUAGUUAGACUGUAGAUAUUUACUCCAAGAAGCAAAAAUAAUAUUGAGUUUAGUUUUAUCUUUACUCAAGUAGGAGGUUCAAGGAGUAUGUCUUUACCUCACUCAAGUAGGAAGGUCAAGGAUUAUCUUUACCUCACUCAAGUAGGAAGGUCAAGGGUUAUCUUUAUCUCAAGUAGGAGGGUGAAGGAAUAACCUCUUCACACUAUCGAGAAGGGAGAGUCACAUGGCAGUGAUAACGCACACUAAAAUGAAUGAAUUAUUACGAAGUUCCUCAUGCCAAGCACUUAUUAAGAAUACACCAAUCAGUCAGCAAGAACAACACGCAUGGUACAAUAAAUCGUGUUCCGUAUAAAGCCAGUUAAGAGACCGGGGAACUCCUCCAGUAAUACUCAAGUUAAUCAGACUUAGUGGGGGUUUUGUAUUACGUGAAGCAUCAGUGGCCCUCUAAUGCUGUUGUGACGUGGACGGGGAGAUCAUGGCAGGGUCUUCCUUCUCCUUUAUCUUAGAUGUAGUGGGAAAUAUUUAACUUAUUUUUUACCUGUUUUGGGGUCUGUUGUUUUUAUUUUAUUGUCCUCUUGAUCCCGCCCGCAUCCAUCCACGACGCACGACGCUUCUCCUCUGUUUGGUCAUCCUGCACUCACGACACAACACGACAGUCUGCUGGUGUUUGAAGACCUACUAUGGUUUCCUCUUGCUUCAGCCAAUACGCAUGGCGCUUAUCCUUUGUCUGUCAGUCGCCUUAAAGAGUCUAGAUUCGCACCGCCAGGACUCACGACACUUGCCUUUUAUUUCGAAGUCCAGCGGUCCUGUAACAUGCAUAACGCCUCAAAUUUGUUCAGUGAUGUCCUACGUUUUCAUUGACAAAUGACGUUAUCUCUUUUGUUCAAUUUUCUCUCUUGCGCUUGUAAGACAAAAUGACUUCCUCCACAUCACAAGAGCCACCCCAAAAAUCUUACUUUGCUUACAUUUGGUUGCAUGAUGAAAACACGUCAUCAGCUGACAGUCACGUUAUGUAUAAUUGAUGAACUUAUUUACUUCCACGUACAUAACUACGUCAUAACUUGUUUCAUUAGUUAAUCAAAUGAUAAUAAUUACUCUCAUAUAUGUAAUAUUAUGUAUAAUGUUUUGUUCACCAUGUAACCACCCUGUAUUACUUGCUUUAUUAGGGAUAUAUCAUGUAUAAAAUAUUUUUUCACUUGUUCAUAAACUGUCUCCAUUGGUCAUUGACUCCCAUGUAUAAAUUCUGUCAACUAUUCUCUCCAUUGGUUCUUGACUGUAUAUAAAUUAUUUUUUACACUUUUCCAUUGGUCAUUGACUAUGUGUAUAAAAUGUUUACAUCCUCGACUGUGUAUACAACUACCACAGGAGUAGGCAACACGUAGUACACUGAGUUAUGUAUAGUGCACCUUGCCUGCUUCACCGACACUACACCCUGGCCGCCUCAACGCUGCUCUUGUUAGCUCUCCCAAUCCAGUGUCGCCCCAGUACACUCUUAGACACCAUCUCUCAAUACCCUGGCACCCCAGUACACCCUCUCCCAGUUCCUUGGUACCUCAGUAAAUCCUCAGACAUCCUCUCCCAGUACCUUGGUGCCCCAUUACACCCUCUCCCACUACCUUGGCACCCCAGUACAUACCCCAGUCAGCUAUUUCAACCAUGUAUGGCUUCACUACACUUGUUACCCUAAGUUUAUACUGCAUGUCGUAGUUUUCCACCAUAAAUUAAUGUUCCCUUCAAAUGUCAUUUUCCUUACACACACACUCAACUGGGAGAGCUUACAGAGAGUCUAUAGAACUGGCGCCCAAAAUAUCAAGAUGUCUCAUCAACUGCUGCUUACUGACGUCAUUAAAUAUUUGUCAACAAAGGUAUAUGUAAUUACAGAAGGUCUCCUGCCACCCCCCACAUACAUACAUACACACACACACACACUGCUUGUGGCAGUCCUUCCCUUCCAUCUCUGUCUCUCUCUCUAUCUGUCUACAGUAUCUCUUUGUCGCUGUUUCUAAAAUGUGAUAUGUAUUAUUUUUAUUUUUAAUAAAAAUACAAUUUUAAAA